AUGCUUCGAUCAUGUCUGCGCCAUUGCCCCCGCGCGACCGUCCGCUCUGUAUCCUGUCCGCGAUGCUUGCACCAUGAGCCUCCGCGGAUACAUCUAGCCCGCCAACAAACCUCACUCUCGCCCUCCUUUCUUCAAAUACGCGGUCUUCAAACAUCCACUACCGGGCCGGAAGAACAUGUACCCCUGCGCAAGCAGCUCAAGCAAGGCGCGAAAGCUCUAAAGGCUCAGAAGCGAGAGCGACGAGAACAGGAAGAGGCCUCCCGGCAGAAAUGGGAGUUGACCGUGGGUGUGGAGAUUCAUGCCCAACUGAAUACAGAGACAAAACUAUUCUCAAGAGCACCGACCUUACCCUCCGGACUUCCUAACACGAACGUUGCCCUGUUUGAUCUCGCCUUCCCAGGCAGUCAACCGGAGUUCCAAGCGGCGACCCUCCUCCCUGCCCUUCGUGCUGCCAUUGCUUUGAAUUGCGACAUUCAGCCAGUGAGCCGUUUCGACCGGAAGCACUAUUUCUAUCAUGACCAGCCGGCGGGCUAUCAGAUAACACAAUACUACGAACCCUUUGCCAGAAAUGGCUACCUCGACCUCUUUACCCACGACGGCAUUGCACCGGAAGACGGAGACCGAGUUCGCAUCGGCAUCAAACAGAUCCAACUCGAACAAGACACAGCAAAGUCGCAAGAGUACCCACCAUCCACCCAGCUCCUCGAUUUCAACCGCGUUUCUCACCCGCUCAUCGAGAUCAUCACAAUGCCGCAGAUCCACAACCCCGCCACGGCAGCCGCAUUUGUGCGCAAGGUCCAGGCGAUCCUUCAAUCAUGCAACGCUGUUACUACGGGAAUGGAGGCAGGUGGUCUCCGCGCGGAUGUAAACGUCUCGGUUCGGCUACGGGGUGACGGUUCAGGCGCGCACCAAUACGGCGGCAUUGGCGGCCUCGGUCAGCGCACUGAGAUCAAAAACUUGAGCAGUUUCAAAGCGGUGGAGGACGCAAUUAUUGCAGAGAAGAAUAGACAGAUUACUGUUCUCGAGAGCGGGGGUGUCAUCGAAGGCGAGACACGAGGCUGGACGAUUGGAAGCACCGAGACACGAAGGCUUCGAGGAAAGGAGGGCGAAGUUGACUACCGGUAUAUGCCCGAUCCUGAUAUCCCACCUCUCUUGAUCGGCGAGGAUCUAGUUUCGGCACUUUCAGACAACCUACCGACGGGGCCGGACGCGCUCAUCGACAUGCUGGUCGGCCAGUACGGCCUUCCCAUAGAGGAUGCAAAGCCUCUUAUCGAGCUCGACGACGGGGCGCGACUAGAGUACUACCAGGAUGUUGUCGAUAUCCUGCGUGAUCUCCAGCAAGACCUCGACGCCGAGGCUCAAACGAGUCUCGGCCGCGUGGCUGGCAACUGGGUUCUUCAUGAACUUGGCGGUUUACUCACCAAGGCUGACGUCGCCUGGGAUGCGGAAAUAGUCACAGCGGAAUCCCUUGCGGCGCUCAUCGACCAGCUUCAGCGCAAACGCAUCACCGGCGCGACGGCCAAAAAGGUGCUUGCCAUGUUGUUUGAAGGAGAGCGGCGACCUAUCCUUCAACUACUCGAAGAAGAGAAUUUGAUCCUUCGCCCGCUCUCGCGCGAAGAGUACAUUGCCCUCGCUGAAGCAGCGAUCGAGCUGAAUCCGAAGAUGGUCGAGCAAAUCCGCAGCAAAAACCAGCUUGGCAAGCUGGGCUGGUUCGUAGGCCAGAUGAUGCGCAUGGGCGAAAAGGGCCGUGUGGAGGCUCAGAAGGCCGAUUCAAUCCUACGAGAGCUCAUACUUGGCUCGUCUCAGUAA